AUGGCCGCCUGGUAUGCAGGCAACUCCAGCUGCUCUUGUGAGAAUCCAGGGGACGAUCCCGUGGCCAUGGCCCGAGAGACGCAGGGCAGUGAUGCUCAGUUCACAAUCUUUUGGCAAAUGGUGACAACUAAGCAGAGCGAGUUCGAUGUUGAGGAACCAGCACUUCCUCGAAGGCGAAGAGCUCCAGCACGACUUGAUCAGCAAACGGAUCGACUGAAAGAAGUCUUAAAAUUGUAUGGUGCUAAUUUGGAAGGUUCUCUCCUCAAGACACAUCUGAAGACGAAGUCUACGAAGCCUGUUCGAUUCUCCAUGAUCCGUACAUUUCUCAUUGAGUUAGAUCAAGCUCAGUUGCUCCUCUCUGAAGUUGUGAAGCUGAUGAAACUAAUCUUAGUCAUGCCAGCAACAAAAGCAACUAGCGAGCACUCUUUCUCAGCUCUAAAACGAGUGAAGACGUACUUGAGAAGUUCAAUGACCCAGACACGUUCGAACCAUUUAAUGCUCCUCCACGUACAUAAAGAAAUUACGGAUUCUGUGCAAAUGACUUCGUAGGUAGUAGUGAUCACCGUCUCAGUAUUUUUGGGUGUACACUUUUGUAACCUCACUUUUGUAACCUCAAUUUUAUACCCGUACCAAUAUUAAUUUUGUCAAUUAAAAUAUCAAUUUUCAAAUUCAUUAAA